AUGUCGCAGUCACCACUCGCCCGUAAGCGCAAGUCGCUUUCGGCCUUCUCGCGCGCACCCUCACAGCUUUCACGCUCGGUUACGGCUGGAGCCCUAAACGAGGCCGGCGGGCCCAGUCCGAAGCCCCAAUCUUCCUCAGACCAGAAUGCGUUCGCGACGCCGCCCCGAGAACGGCGCAGCCGGCGCGAGCGUGACGGCACACCGACGCCAGCGCCGCGCCAGCACCGCAUCAUUUACUCGCCCUUCGCAACCCCACCUGCGGGCCUCAGUCGCUCCUCCUCCAUCCCCUUUGACAUGGCAGCGUCGGCGGCUGCCGCACGCCAAGUAAAUGACCGCCCACGUGUUGCAACGCGAAGUGGAAGCUCGCCGGACAAGAAGCCGCGUUUCGUACGCCGCAAGGCCCUCUGGCAGCGGAUCUUGGAGUCGCCAGGUAACGCACUCGAUACGGCACUCUUUCACGUCCCAAACAGCGUGGAGGAGGUCCUUCCACCCGCUAGAUGGGCCAACCCGAUCGCGCUGGCUCUAUACGUCGUACAUUGGUUGCUGCUUGCACCGCUGCGUGCGGUCAAGUCCGAGGCUGUGCUCAAGGGCGAGCGCGAAGUUGUUGACUCGAUUGGGAACCGGUGGGAGCGGCGCGACGCCUCCGCGCGCUCGGGAGUCGCUGGGUACCGAGUGGCAAUGCUUUACACCGUCCUCUUGUUCGUGCUCGCUGGCGCAAACGCCGCGUGGCUCUUCACCCGCUAUCGCACGUACGAUAUGCAGUUGCGCUCUGGCAAAGAGCCGCUGCGCAGUCCACAUGCGUCGCCGGUGCCUGCCCCAAAGGUGCGCGCUUCGGACGGACCGGACGAUCAGCUGCCUGAGCCGGACGAGGCGCCACUGCACAAGGUUGCGCGCCUUGCGGCCAAAGGUCUUUGGGUGCUGCUCAAGUGGGUGUAUCGCUCGAUCCUCGGCGCUGUUGGGGCGCGCCCGCCAGCGACUGUGACCGGCACCAUGCGCGGGAACAGCAUCCAGAGCCUUCGUGUGUGGGACCCGCCCGAGUUCUGCCUAGCGUUCUUUUGUGCGAUGCCGCCCACCGCCCCCCUGAUCGCCUCUUUCCUCACGCGUCAGCACCCGUUCCUCACCCCACUGGUCCUCGCCAUUGCGGCUGCAGUCAUGUCCCACCUUGCGGCUUGUUUCACCCAGCUCGUCAAGGACCGCAUGCUCCUUUCGGCUGAGGUCAUGCGCGAAUACGACCAGCGAUUCGUGUACAAGCGCGUGUUUGCACCCAUGGUGGACCGCGGUGUAGGCACGUCUGAUGGCAAGUUCGCAGUCAUUGCAACACUGACCGCAGCCGUUAUGCUUCCCUAAGGCUUCCGUGUGACGCAGAUCCACUCCAUGUCCAUCGUCCAUAGACUUGCAUCAAUUUCCACCCGCAUCAGCCAAGCUCAUCAGCGCAACUAUAUUGGCACAGGAUGCCACUGCAUGGUAGUACAACAAUGUUACUUAAC